AUGGGCUCCCAACGAGCAGGUACAGCGGCUCCCCAAAGCCGCGGAAACAGGUCAACGGAUAUGCCUUGCCAGGACUACCAAAUUGUUUUGCCGACCCUGCCCACAGGUACGACCACCACGAACACUUUGUUUCUACACGCAGACCUAAAAGCCAGGCCUUAUAGGGUGGAGCACUUCAGAGAUGCGCUCGCGCAUAUUUCGCUACUAUCGGAAGUGGUCGCGCUAGGUGCUUAUCAAAUGAACCAUGUGUGGGCGGUGACUUUUUGCGACGACGAAGCGAAGAAGAAAAUGCUGGCAGCAGGAAAUUUCACUGUGAAAGACCGACGCUGCGUUGUUGUUGACCCCUGCAACCAGGCAAUACGACUCAAGCUGUACUGGUUGUUGCACGGCGUCCCCGAUGAAGACGUGCGAACAGCAUUGUCUCCGUUUGGGAAAGUCGUUGAGGUCGCCAGAGAUAAGUGGCGCGUACAAGGCUGCAACGAGAAGAGUUCCACAACGCGGUCGGUAACCCUCCAGCUCAAAGCAGGCAUGAGUAUUGAAGACUUACCGCACCAACUUCGAGUGGCUGAGGACUUAGCUCUCGUCCAUGUACCUGGCAGAGCACCGCUCUGUCUCCGGUGUCACGGCACCGGCCACAUACGACGAGACUGUCGUGUACCGCGCUGUGGCCAUUGUCGCCGGUACGGCCACGAUGAAUCCACCUGCGUGCGAUCCUAUGCCUCGGUCACUGGACCGCCCCAAAACCAAGACACUUCGGAACACAUUAUGGACCUAAAUGACGCCAAGGAAGCUGCACGAGAUCCCGUACCAGAAGACGGCGUCAACACCAAGCCACCGGAAACGCAAGAAAAGAGCAAAGACAUCGUGAAUAAUAAGGAACCCGACCCGAUGAAACUCAAGACAGACAAAAAGGCCGAUAGUGUAAGUGACCUCAAUGUAGCCCCGCCUUCAACAACGACCUGCGACGCCAUGGAAGCUGUCGACGUUGAAAUGGCAACAGCUGCGAGCACAUCGGCGAAACGGUCACGCGACACAGGCCAAGACGACGUUGGAAACACCAAAGAAAUGGGCAUCGACGAGCCUCCAGCGAAAACGUUUCCUCUUCGGCGAGGAAGCCUCAAGUUCAAGCCGACAAUACCGCCUGACCGGAAACCACCGCCAGCAAAUCCCUUGCCUUAGCAGGGGAACUGUUUGUGUGAUACAAACUCAAACACCCCGAUCACUGAUCGGGCACCUUUUCGUAACAAGAUGGCUCCAAACACAAGAGAAACCGUGUAUUACAGUCCAGCAAAACCCACGCCUCGUUUAGGUGCACUGCCAUACUGACCCACAAUGUGAGUAGUAUAUAUACCAUUACCAAUAUACUAUGGCUAACAAACUUAAUACUCCCUUGCGUAUAGCAACAAUAAAUGUCCGCGGUUUGUCAACGCGCAGGAAACAGUACCAACUGAACCGCCUUCUAACCGAAAAUAAUCUAGACCUAGUGGCAGUGCAAGAAACAAAAAUUGAAAGUCAAGAACAAACUGAUAAAAUGGUCGAAACGUUCAGGUCUACAUUUAAUAUAUGUGUGUCUCAUGCGGUUGCUGCGUCUGGAGGCUGUUUGAUAUUAUACCGGCAUUCAAUCGAAAUUGUUGAAGAAGUUGUUACCACGUGUGAAAGUGGAAGACUAG